AUGCCAUAAUUUGCAGGUAUAUUUCCGUGGAAACGUGCCUUGAGGAUUGGCCGCCACCUUUGGAGGAAAUGCCCUUCUCUCUCCCACUUUUACCUACUGAUGAAGCGCUCGAACCCAUAGAAGUGGCGAUCGCAUAUCAAAGCUGCUUCAAGACAAGAGGACAUUUUGACAAAACAGGGCACGAUAAGCUCCGGAUGGAGCUUUUUGAGGAGCUGUUGAAUGAAGGUCUGGAGCAGCUAGCCGCGGAUGUGGCAGGACUUAUGGUUGGAACUGAACGACGCCAGGCGAUGGAACUUGCCGAACGCAGAGCGCCACAUGGAAUUUUGACAGCACAUCUAAAGCAGCUUUUGUCCAGUGUCGGCGACGAUACUCCUAGGCAUGGCGCCCAAAUCACAGACCCUACUCUAAUUCAAGAAGCGGAGAGCCUACUUCGCGGAACAUGGGAUCCAGCUUCUGAGAAUGGCCUUGAGCCGUGCUCAGAGACGCACUGGCGUCAGCGUUUGGCGGCUUGCCUGACACCUGUCUUGGUGAAACCGGCACCAGAUUUUCCAUCGCAGCCAGCUAACGAGUGGCCCGGAGAUCUUGUACUGGAAUCUACGAGUAAUGACGGUACGGAACAUCGUGACGUAGGUUCCACCCGAGGAAGACGAAAACGGCGCAAAAGGAGGCGUCGAAGGAGGCGCUAUCGCACGAACACGCCUGCAACAGUGGAGGAAACUAUGCACCAAGAGGAGGACGAGGAGGAUCAGGAGGAGCCUGCAACAGCGGAGGAAACUAUUCACGAAGAGCAGGAGGAGCAGGAGAAGGAGGAGUCUCCAACAGCGGUGGGAACAAUGCCCGUGGAGCAGGAGCAGGAGGAGCAGGAGGCGGUCCGGGCGGCCACGUGCGAGCACUGCUUGCAGGAGCCCUGUAUAGUGCAGCAACGCCGGCUGAAACUUCCGAAAAAAGCCUCAAGCCCUGGCCCGGCGAACAGUGAGGAGCGGCGGCGCCUCUAUAGGAGUGCAUGGCGCGUCCUGAAGAGUAUUGGCUUCUGGCAGCAGCCACAGUACCGGCGCCGCAAAGUCUCAGCUCCGGGGCCCGAACCACUCGGUCAAAUGGCGCUCCAUUCCCGGAGGGAGGUGAUGCCCGAGUGCAUUGUGAAGCGCAUCCGGGAGCUGCGGCCUAACCAGCCCAAUAAGCCAUAUAUGGGUCACCGCUGGAGAUGAGGAGAUCUCUUGCUGCGUUGGGCCUUGUUUCACCAGAAGAUAAGGCACAAUGAUGACUGCAGCACACCUUGCUUCGCACUGAUGGAACACAUUAUAAAUAAUUUUUUCUUCGUACAUUCCGUAAUACAUUUUUUUUAUUCUGAACCAAUAAAGA